GCAGAGUGGCCUGCCAAUUCGGCUGGCAAAAGUACGUCCGUUGCGGGCACCCCGGCGCGCGGCUUGCAGGAAGGAGUGCCCGGGACGCACCGAGUCGGAGAGGAACAGCGCUGCCCGCCGGCGGCGUCGCUCGGCCCACCUCUGCUGCCCACUUCCGCUGCCCCGUAGUCGCUCCGGCUGCUCGCCCGCCUCCGCUCGGCCCACUGCGGCCCCGGCGUGGCUUCCUCCGGCGGAGGCAUGGCCCACUUCGCCGCCGACACCAACACGAAGCCGGCCCGGCCGAACCCCUACCAGCGCCUGCGCUCGAACACGACGGAGUCGCCGUCCCACCGGAGUUUGAGGAGCGCCACGCCGGGCAACGAGUCGUCGACCUCCUUGGCCUCCGCGCUCUCGACGCACUCGAACCCGAAGUUCUCGUACAAAAAGGGCGAGAAGAUCGGCAGCGGCGCCUUUGGGACCGUCUACCAGGGCCUCUGCGAGCAGACCGGAUCCUUGGUCGCCAUCAAGGAAACUACAGUAGCUUUGGGUGACAAGAACAUCCCGAAAUUAAUCCAAGAGAUCCAGCUCAUGGCUCAGUUGUCCCACCCAAACAUCGUCUUGUAUCUGGGAGCGAAACAUGACGAGGAACUCGGUGUCUUGCGGAUCUACCAGGAGUGGGUGCCUGGGGGUUCUGUGGAUGCUCUAUUACGAAAGUACGGGCGACUGUCGGAAGUGAUCGUCAAAAGGUAUGCGUCGCAUACCUUGGAGGCCCUGGACUAUUUACAUCGGAACAACAUCAUCCACCGCGACGUCAAGGGCGGCAACGUCCUCAUCACGGACAAGGGCGACGUGAAAUUGGCCGACUUCGGCACGAGCGUCAUGAUGGCGGGAGAAACGCAGGACAACAACAUCAAGGCGUUGUGCGGCACGCCCUACUUCAUGGCGCCGGAGGUCAUGACCGGCGAGACGUACGGGCGCAAGACCGACGUCUGGUCGCUUGGUGGGCUCUUGAUCCAGAUGGCGACGGGCGAGCCGCCCUGGAAGUGCUUGUCUUUCCAGGGCGUGCCCCAGUUGUUGUUGCACGUCGUCGCGGCGAAGAGUGCGCCGCCGCUCGAUCAUUAUACCCAUUUGUCGUCAGAAUUGAGGGAGGCUAUUUUGAGAUGCUGCGACCCCGACCCCGACAAGCGGCCCUUCGCGCGCGACGUGCUGGAAUUGCCCUUCUUUCUGGAUCGCGUCGACUCUCCACUCACGCCGGACACGCCAAAUAGAUUCUCGCAACAACCGGCGCCCUACGCUAGAAGGGUCCAGCCGCGGCCGUCCCAAAAUCCGUACGCGCGCUCAAAAUCUAUCUUGGACCGCCUGGAAGCGGCGCCGGCGGAAGGAUCUGUCUUGUUAAAGAGGAGGAUUGAACGGCCGCAGCUUCUGGAAGCCGAAGAGGCGGAGUUUAACCAACUGGUCAACGGCCUCGACAGCGACGACGAGGAGUGCACGCCCAAAUCGGAUGGCGAGUACACGACGACCUGGGAGUCCGAGGAACCUGUUGAACAUUCACGCUUCCGGCCGACGAUGCCGACGUCGCCGGAAGCUGUCGAAGAGGAGGACGACGACGACGAGGAGAUGACGAUCGAAGACGCGCACAUGCGCGGGUUCCUGACGGCCGCCGAGUACCAGAAGCGGCUCCACGCGGGGCACCACACGUUUAUCAGACGUAGUAAUUCACAGACCUAGUCACGU